GCGAGAUCACAGAGCGAGAUAAAAGUAGGCGGUGCCUGGAAAGUCGUUGACAGUGUUCGUGACGUUCGUGACAUUGAGUCUCGACAAGGCAGUUGCCGUAAUGUCGACGGCACUGUUGGCCGCCGUGGCAGUAAUUCUGUGUAUAUUAUUUAGGAUACUAAACGUUAAUAGCCAACCCCAAAAACCGGCACUAUACUGCAAGGAUCUCAGCUUUUUGGACACCAUUUUAAAGAUAGCUCCUCUCCUUCAAGAACCGUACAUCCCCACACGACUGUGGGGUUUUAGUGGUCAUGUACAGACCAUUAUACACAGCAUUAUUGGGCGAGUGCGUUGCCCUUGGCCAAUUGGGGAACGGUGCUACCUGUCACUCUGUGAUGGAACUACAUUGACAUAUGAUGUUUAUCAGCCUCUUGAUCAGUCUCAUGAAGAUGACUACACACUGGCCAUCUGCCCAGGAAUUGGUAACACCUCUGAAAGUGUGUACAUUCGAACAUUUGUACAUUAUGCCCAGUGCCAUGGUUAUCGCUGUGCAGUAUUGAAUCAUGUUGGAGCACUUGGUAGUGUCAGGGUCACAGCACCCAGAAUAUUCUCUUAUGGCCACACGGGUGACUUCGGUGAGAUGCUGUCUCAUAUCCUUGAGAAACAUCCAAAUACCCUCAUUGUGUGUAUAGGGUUCAGUCUUGGAGGGAACCUUGUCACAAAAUAUAUGGGUGAAAUGGAUCGGUGCAAAGCACCAAACAUCAUUGGUGGCAUAUCCAUAUGUCAAGGCUAUUGUGCCAUUGAGGGUACAAAAUGGUUGCUUAAUUGGCAGAACUUCAGGAGAUUUUACUUAUAUGUGAUGACAGAAAGUAUGAAAUCAAUCAUUCUUAAACAUCGCCAUGUGUUGCUUCAUGAUGAGGUGAAGCAGCACUACAGCCUGAAUGAGAGGGAAAUUAUAGCUGCAGCCACACUCCCUGAGCUUGAUGAUGCCUACACUAGGAAAGUCCAUAACUUCAAAUCUGUGACUGAACUCUAUCAGUGGAGCAGCUGUGUCAACUACUUACAAGACAUCUGCAUACCUAUGAUUUUUAUCAAUGCUCGUGAUGACCCCAUAGUUCCUGAAGCUUUGCUGCAACCAAUCAGACAAUUUGCCUCUGAACACAGCAAUACUUUGUAUCUGGAACUUGCACAUGGAGGACAUCUAGGUUUCUAUGAAGGAGGCCUAGUUUAUCCAAAUCCAGUCACGUGGCUUGAUCGGGCUUUGGUGGCUCUGGUUGGAUCUCUAGCACUGGUAAAUGCGGACACAACACUCAAAAACAGAGUAGAGACAACGCUGUAGCAAGCUCUCACUUAUCAUUCAUCAGCAGAGAGUUAUCCUUCAGGCCUCCUUUAUAUUACUGAGAAGAAGAUGUUGGGUGGAUAAUUGCUGCUACCACUACAGCAACAGCGUGGAGACCCAUUGUCCUGUCAGCUCAUUAUAUUAAAUUUUAUGGGUUCUAGUGUGAGAAGUAAUCUUAUAAGGACCAGUAUAAGGAGCCUAGGAAAGAAAUACUUGUUCAUUAUAAGUAUUAAAUUGCAUUUGUAUUUAUUAUUUGUAGCAAUUUAAAUGAUAUUAUUUAUCAUUCCACAAGUGAUGAUACUUUGAUGUGAAAUGAAAAUCAUUUAUGUUUGUGUGAUAUCUGUAAAUCUGUUUCUUGUAUAUAUAAAAUUAUAUGUACAUGAAUAAUGUCAUUCACCUAUUGUAAUAAAUCAAGAUGUUUGUAUAUUGUGCAUAGCAAGAACAUCAGUGCUGACUACAGCACUAAAUUUGAUUGUAAAGAAUGUGUGCUUGCGUAAUUGUUGUUUUUCAGAACACUGGAUUGUAGGUAACAUUGAAACACUGAGAGGCAAAGUCUUAACAUUUUGUCUUUCUUUCCAACAUGAACUAUGUUAGAUUUGAAGUGCUCACAGUGGCAACUAUGAAGAAUACAAUAUUCUACGAUGUGACACCAUAUAGUCUGGCAGACAUUUAUGGACAUUCGUCUGAUAUGUUGACAAACUUCUACCAUACUACACAGUGCCACAUCCCAGAAGACAUAACUCUUCCUUCAUACUUACACUUGUGUGUAAAAAUUCAUUAUAUCUUUCUGUUUCAUUUGAAAUUUAGUAUGCAUUUUAUAUUGGUUGUUAAGGCCACAGAGUGCUAGCGACAUGAAUGUAGUACUAAGAAUUUGGGUCCAUGAUUUUGAUAAAUACAAGAAAUUAAUUAGUAUUAUUGUAGAACAGCUUUGCAAACUUUGAGAUAUUUAAAGCAGAAUUUGAAUUAAUUUUAAACAUUCCCUUAUCUAUUUUUGCCUUCAAAGUAGAAGUAAAUAUGGAACAUUCCCUGCAUCAUAAUUAUAUUUUGAGAGAAAUUAGGUUUUUAUAAAUUAUAAUAGAAGAAGGGCCAUUGCAACGUCUUAAUUUCAUAUUAAUUAUUUUUGAAAUUUAUAUCUAAUAGCAGUGUUGAAACUAUUUCGUAAAACUAUAUAAAAUUAUAAAUACCUCAAAAAUUGUUCAUUUCAUUGGUUUAGUAUGCCAUGCUUCCAUUAUCAGUGUCACCCUAAUAGCAGUGAGUCAUAUUAGAGCAGUAUGGGAAUUGUAAGUAGUAGAUCAGAGUUACGCUGGAUUAUCAUACAUACAGAACACUGUACACUGAAAGUUGAUUGUUUAAUAUACAGAAGUGGGCAUUUGUCAUUACAAGAGAAUUUCCCAUAUUCAACAGGUCAGGUGCCCAGAAACAUUUCUCUCCACAAAAAGUGUUUAAACAGGUAAUACAAUAAAGUUCAUAUUAUAACAGAACCAGUACAAAAUAAAUCCAUAAAACAAAAAUUAAAAACAGUAUUGUAACAAACCAAGAUCACACCAAAGAAAAUACCCACCAACAAAAUAAAUGGAUUAUAUUCACAUUCAUUUUCAUGUGGAACAAUUGGAUCUUCACCUGUAGGACUGUCAAUAUUUUUUAGGCUCUGAGACAAUUCUAUCUUCCGAAGUCCUGACUUACCAAUACUAGGCUCAUCUUUGAUCAGAUGGCUUUCCACAAACAAUCCCUCCACAAUACAUCCACCAAAGUCCUUUUUUCUAAACGUUAUGAAUCAUGACUUUCAAAAAUAAAACUUGAAUCCUCCAUAACAGAAU